CGCCUCGUCAGCGACUUCGACCUCGCGCCCGAGCCCCUGCGCAAGGCACCAACCUACAAGGAAACGGUGACAAAGCAUGCUUGCUGUGCUGCCAUGCUGCACUUCCUCGGCCUCUUGGAAGCCAUGUGCCCCGGCAAAGAGUUUCCUGAACUCCGGCGGCAGCUCAUGCAUCAGUUCCAUCACGGCUACUUGGACACGGACCUUGUCCACGUCCUUGAGAGCGCCGUGCCGCCAGCAGAUCUGAAAUCUGUUUCCGCCUUCAGGGCGGUGGUGGUCCAGAUCGAGACCCAGGCACAGGCGGAGAUGGAUGCGACGCAGGCAGAGCAUGCGCGGCAAGUCCGCGAAGCCACCCUGGCCCAGAUCACCGCCUUGGUCGAGUCUGACAUCAAGGCAUUGCGGCAGCGGACCCCAGACCAUGUGCUCAAGGCCAUCGCUGCGGCAAAGGAUUUGAAGUACGUCAAGGACAGGCAAAUGCAAGGCGACAACUUUGUGCACACGUGGAUGGCCGAGUACUGCCACUGCGAGAUGCUGGACGAGACGCUCAGCUGCAAAGGCAACAAUGUCCUGCCCAACGUGCUCAAAUACCUGGGCCAGUUCCGUGGCAUCGCGGGCACGCAGUACGUGUUGUGCCUUUGCGAUUACACGGUGCUGCCAGCGAAUGUAGAUUACGUGAGGGACUCCGUGGAGCUGCUGGCAAACUUGCUUGCCAGCAGCUCCAACAACGUGGGCCUCUUGCAGCUUCCGCUGCCGCAUCGCGCGAUGGCUUCGUCAACGAGCGUCAAGCACAGGCGGACCGUGGAGGACUUGUUGAUGAAGGCAAAGAUCAACGCAGACUCCGUGACAGCCCUGCUUUUCGAGAAGCCUGCCGACGCAAGUGCAUCUGACAAGCGGUCCCUGACGCAAACCUGCUUGAACUGCCUCUUCAGUGGCUUCGAUGCAACAAGCUGGAGCGCUUCGCGAGUCUUGCAAGAGUGCCGAAUGGGACCCUUCCCGCUCCUGAAAGUCGCGGACUUCCUGGGCUACGAGACCUCGCGGAAGGGAGUGCCGCUGCAUGAGGGCAUCCUCGAUGCUUUCAUGGAUGGCAUGGGCUUCUCCGAAACGGACAGGCUGGUGAUCGUGGACCUCUGUCCCAACAGGCAAGCCGAGUUUGCCCGCGCGGCCGUGAACAAGAUGAUUGCGAGCGAAGGCAAGAGUUGCAUGCGCUACGUCGGCCUCUUCCGCCCGGAGCAUGCUGAUGUGAAAGCGGCGGCGACCGUGCAGCUGCAGAUCCUUUCCUUGCAGGGCUCCAAGCCCAUAUGGCCGUCUUCGCUUGAGGACAAGUUUCCGGGCGGUACCCCGGAGCAUGCAAAGCUCCUGGCAUUGCGCCAGGAGUUUUUGAAUGAGUUCCCGAAGCCGCGAGCUCUGAGCCAGAUGGGCCGACAGGCCUCUUCGGUCAGCCAGCAGACCCAGCGCCUGGCUGCGGAGUGCGACUACUCGCAGGAUGGAGAGCCGCUGGACGUUGAGCGGUGCGUGGACCUCGCAACGGUCCCCGUCGCAGAGCUGAAGGAGACCAUGCUUUCCAUGGUCACUGGGCGCCCCGGCAAGCCGAGCAUCAUGAUCACGGCCGAGUACGCCUUGUGGAUCGGCAACACCAGCGACUCCCCUCUGGAUCUUUGCUGCUCUGAACUUUGUGGGUUUGGGAUGGGCAGUUACUCGGACCGUCCUGUUCGCUCCUCAUCUGAAAUAAGAAUAUCGAAUCAAAGCAACAAGCACACCCCUUAG